GCAGGCGACGACGCCCCGAAGCAGGAGAACAACGCAUCAUGGGCCAUCUUCAUCUUGAUCAUGCUGCUCAUCGUGGCCUUCUGCACCAGCUACACCAUGCAGCAGAGGAAGAUCACAGCCAUACACGAAACCGUCGUCUCCAUCUUUGGCGGCAUGACCGUUGGCUUGAUCCUGCGUGUCUCGGGCUUCGACUCCAUCCGUGAUCUCGUCAACUUCAACUACCAGUACUUCUUCAACCUGCUCCUUCCGCCCAUCAUCCUCUCGUCUGGCUACGAGCUCCAUCAAGCCAAUUUCUUCCGGAACAUCGGCACCAUCCUGACCUUUGCCUUUGCCGGAACAUUCAUCUCUGCCGUUGUCAUUGGCGCGCUCCUGUGGCUGUACACGUCCAUCUCGCUCGAAGGUCUGGAUGUGUCGUGGGUCGAUGCCAUCUCGGUUGGCGCAACCCUGUCGGCAACUGACCCCGUCACCAUCCUGGCUAUCUUCAAUACCUUCAAGGUCGACCCGAAGCUGUACACCAUCAUUUUUGGCGAGUCCAUCUUGAACGAUGCCGUCGCCAUUGUCAUUUUCGAGUCGGCUCAGAGCGCAGGCACCAAAGGUGGGGGAAUCGGCAUCUGGAGCGUCCUCCACGGCAUCUGGUACUUCUUGUCCGAAUUCUUUGGCAGUUUGGCCAUCGGCGCCCUCAUAGGCGUCCUGACGGCACUCGGGUUGAAAUAUACCUAUGUCCGGCGGUACCCACACAUCGAGAGCUCGCUCGUGGUGCUGAUCGCAUACGCAACGUACUUUUUUGCUCAAGCCAUUGGCAUGUCCGGUAUCGUCGCCUUGCUCUUCUGCGGGAUUACGCUCAAACACUACGCCUACUUCAAUAUGUCCCGCCGCACCCAACUUACCACCAAGUACUUCUUCCAAGUCACUGCCCAGCUCUCCGAAAACUUCAUCUUCAUCUACCUCGGCUUGGCCCUCUUUACCGAGAAGAAUCUUGUCUACCAGCCCCUCCUGAUCAUCGUCACCGUCCUCUCCGUCUGCGCCGCACGCUGGCUCGCCGUCUUUCCCCUCUCGAAGGCCAUCAACUGGUUCAUCCGCUACCGCGCCCGCCGCCAGGGCCGCGAGGUUGCCGAUGAGCUGCCCUACAGCUACCAGGCUAUGCUCUUCUGGGCCGGACUGCGCGGUGCCGUCGGUGUCGCCCUGUCGGCGCUCUUCACCGCCAAGGAGACCCAGGCCUUGCAGGCCACCGUGCUGGUUGUCGUGGUCCUGACCGUCAUCAUCUUUGGCGGCACAACCGCCCGCAUGCUCGAAAUCCUCGGAAUCCGCACCGGCGUGACCGAGGAGAUGGACUCGGACGACGAGUUCGACAUCGAGGCCGUCGGCGGUGGCCUAUACAAGCGCGCCGACACCGCCAUCGGGUUCAACCCCCGCUCUCGCAACCGCGGGUCGGUGGUGCCGCUAGGCAACGUCGGCAACAGCUCCAACAGCCCCAGCGGGAGUAGGGAGCAGAACGGCGGGUGGGCAUCGGGCCACAGGUCGCCUAACACGGCGCCGCUCGUGCGCCAGGGCAGCAGCAGCCGGAGCCGGAACAAGAAGGCGAGCGGCAACCUGGACGACUACGAGCGGUCUGAGCUACUUGGCACGGCCUCCUCCGGGCGGGAUACCGACUCGGAGUUUGGCAGCGACAUCGAUAUCUCGGACCUGCCGCCGGCGGCGCCCGUGUCGAGGAGCCGGUCCCCGAUGCUCACUCCUGGCGGUGGUGGUGGUGCCGGUACGGAGGGUGGCGCUGGUCCGAGCAGGCAGGCUGUGCCAGGGGAGGGAGGGAGCGGCGCUGGUACGCAGCAGCCGCUGACGGCUACGGCUGCGAUUCGCCAGCUAUUCAGCACUGAGGAUCCGUCGGCGCUGUUUCGGCAGCUGGAUGAGGAUUAUAUCAAGCCGCAUUUGUUGUUGGAUGGGGGUAAUGCCAGGAAUGGGGGGAGUGGGCCGCACUGA